GGCGGGCGGCCUGAAGACUGGCGGCGGUGGUCCCGGCACCUCUCUUCCUCACACUGCCUCCAGCGGCACGCUGCUCCUCUACACUUCUCACCACUCACUACCACACUACUCUGGUCUCGUCAGUGGCACUGGCAGCGGGUGUACGUACUCAGGGCCACUGGUAGGGCCUGUGCUGCAUUGGGUUGGCGAUUGCAGCCAGUUGUCUCGCCUUCGCGUUGAGUGAGGACUGACAGUCUCCCGGGAGAUAUGUCUGAUGACCAAAGCCUACAGCAGGUCCUGGCCAUGUCCCUGGAGGCAGAGACAAUGAGACAGACUGGUGGUGGCAACACUGGCAGCUUUGUUGGAAGUGCCAUAGUUGGCAGUGGUUCAGCUGGCAAUGCUGGCAAGGGAAUGGGUUCACACAACAGCUCUUCAUCUACAGAAAUCCCUGAUAUCACUUUGAUGACUGAGGAAGAACAGAUAAAAUAUGCUAUGCAAAUGUCUUUGGAGGAGUAUGCUUGCUCUAUAAUUGAUGUAGUUUAUUCACAUGACAUCCCUCAAAUCAGUGGUGCAAUAGAUGGUCUGAGAAAGAUGAGAGAUGCUUCAGAAUUUGCUGCUAGGUCGUACCAGUUGGAGUUGUUGCAACAUGCCAAGAAACAGAAUUGCAUUCUUGUUCUUGGUACAGGAUCUGGCAAGACUUUCAUAUCUAUUCUUCUUAUUAAGGAACUUGCUGAGCAGAUUCGUGGACCGUUGAUUAAGGGCAACAAGCGUACAGUAUUUGUUGUGAACACUGUUCCUCUGGUCCAUCAGCAAGCAUUUGCAAUAGAAAAUCACACAGGACUAAGUGUUGGCAAAUAUGAAGGCUCGACAGGUGUGGAUUAUUGGACUGAUGCUUCGUGGUUGGAGGAGCUGGCAAAGAAGGAAGUUUUGGUGGUUAUUGCUCAGAUCUUUCUUGAUCUUAUUCUUCAUGCCAGGUUGCCACUGUCAUCAGUAAAUCUGCUUAUUAUGGAUGAAUGUCAUCAUGCCACAGGGAAGCACCCUAUGCGAGAAAUUAUGAGGCAGUACGAGACUCUAAAGAAAAUAAAUCCACAGGAAUGUCCUAGAAUUCUUGGGCUUACAGCUUGUGUCAUUCAUCGAAAAUGCAAAAAAAAAAAUGUGUUGGGCAUGAUGAAGGAACUGGAAGCCACAAUGGAUUGUGCAUUAGUGACAACUACAAAUCAAGCAGAAGUUAAUAAGUACAGUACUAGCCCCAAGGAAAAAAUUAUUUGUUAUGAAUCUGAUGAAAGUUCCGAGUACAAAGAUAUAAUCUUUGCGCAGUUGCAAGGAAUUAUAGAAGAUGUAAAGGAACUAGUUGAUAUAGAAGUUAGAUAUAGAAAAUUGGUGAACAAGAAAAUAGAGAAUAUCAAGUACAUUAUGUGUACCCUUGGCGAUUGGUGUGUGGCUCGGGCAAUCAAGUAUGAGAUGAACCAUUUUGAUGAUAUUGAAAAAAUGGAUGAUGUACCAGCAGUUCGGGAUUUGAUGAGUUUACUGAGCAGGAGGUUGGAACAAAUAUAUAAUUUUUGUAUUAAAGCGGAAUCUGCCAUGAACCCUCUUAGUCAUGUUACCAAGAAGGUAAAAAAGCUAUUCUCAAUAUUUCGUGCAUGUAACAGAGAGGUAUAUGGAUUGAUCUUUGUUGAGAGGAGAAACACUGCCAAGAUCCUGUAUGAUUUACUGUUGGAAGCUGCUAAAAUGUCUAAUGAUCUUGCCUUUGUAAAGCCGUUGUAUGUUGUUGGUUCAAAUACCCGCUUGGGUGCUGACAUUCGUUUGGCUCAAUUAGAACUUUCCAAGCAGAAGGAAAGCUUAAGCAAGUUUCGUAAUGGGAGUUGCAAUUUCAUAGUGUCAACUAGUGUCUUGGAGGAAGGUGUGGAUAUUAGAAAGUGUAAUGUAGUUAUACGCUUCGACAAGCCAGUGAAUUAUCGGGCAUAUAUACAGUCGAAGGGGAGAGCACGUGCACAUCCAUCAAGGUAUUUACUCAUGGUGGAGGAGAAAGAACUGAAAGACUUGCUGGAGACAUUAGAAGUGUAUAGAGAAAUAGAUAUAUCCUUGUCAAAAUUCUGCCGAAAUCGUCAAUUACCUACAGAUGAGAAGACAAGUCGUAUAUUUUCUCUAGAUGAACAUAUUGUUCCUUAUGAGCCAUACGGACCAAGUGGACCCAAAGUCACUUUAAAUUCUGCUAUGCCACUUAUUAAUGUGUAUUGUGGUACUCUUCCUCAGGAUAAGUUUACAGUAUUGACACCAGAAGUUAGUUACAAAUACACAGAUGAUGGAUUUGUGGCAGAGAUACAGCUUCCAAUUAAUUCAUGCCUGAAGUCUAAAAUAUCUGGGGAUUGUAUGGAGAACAAAGACCUUGCCAAAAAAAGUGCUGCACUGUAUCUUUGUAAAAUGUUGCAUGCAAUGGGAGAAUUGGAUGAGUUUUUACGGCCAACAGAGGUAUUAGAUGAUAGUAUACUAGAUGGUCUGGUGGAAGUUCCACUUGAAGGAGUAAAGGAGGGGGAACCUGAGCCUGGUACAAAGAAGCGACGUCAAGUCUAUGAUAAGGAGGUGUGCGAGGCAUUUACCCAUUUCCAUGAAGGAAACUACAAGUUGUAUUCAAUUAUCAUUCAGCCAAAGGGCACACCCCAUACUAACUUAGUAAUUGAUUCCUCCAAGAGUGAUGUAACGAUGGGAUUGAUUUGUAAAAAAGAAUUGAUUCGUUGUCCAUUCCCACUCUACUUUUCUAAAUGGGGGGAAGUGGAAGUCAAGGUGAAAUUUGUAAAGGAACUUGUAGAACAAAGUUCUGAGCUGAUGAGUAAAAUUGAACAUUUCCAUAAGCUAGUUUUUGAGACACUAUUGCACAUCAAUACCUCACUAUUUGUCUUUGAUUCUAAAAGCUCAGGAGUAUUUAUUGUGCCAAUAGGAAAAACUGGCACAAUUGACUUAGAUGUUCUAAAUCAGAUAUUCCCAUUGACAUCUCUAAGAUUGCCCAAUAUGUUUAGAACACAAACAGGAAGUUUCCAGUUUGAGAGAUCUACUUUUGAGGAUGCUGUAAUUUACCCAGUGUAUAUACAAAACACUGACCUGUUCUAUGUUACUAAAAUAUUUAAUGAUAUAAAUCCACAAAUUGCAUUUCCUGACCCAAAGCAAUCAUAUGCUUCUUAUGAACAAUAUGUGUUAAAAAAAUUUGGUAAGAGGACCACCAAUCUUCAACAGCCUUUAAUAGCUGCAAAGCACCUACCAAGAGAACUCAACUACUUGAAAAAGCUGCCAGACACUUGUAAGAAGAGUGAUCAGAAGACUGGACGUGAACCUGCCAGGUACAUUCCUGAACAUUGUGUCGUACUGCCUCUGAAAGCCUCUCUCUGGUGGCAGAUCAUGUGUAUCCCGUCAAUUCUUCAUCGUCUGAAUAGUUUAAACUUGGCCCAUCAACUGAAUGUUACCAUGAAUGCCCCAAAUUAUCAUACACAGGAUUCAGAGUAUCCAGAAAUAAAUUUUAAUUGGACUGAAGAAAUAAUUGCAAGAAUAAGAGACCAUGAACAAAAUUUGUCUGCAUUACUAGUGAAAAGGAAGAGUGACUAUAUCCAUCCAUUUGUAAUUGUUCAAGCUCUCACACUUUGUGCCGCUCAUGACAAUAUGGAUCUGGAAAGAUUGGAAGUUCUUGGAGAUACUUUCCUCAAAUUCAUCACUGCAGAAUAUUUAUAUUUAAAAGAGACUGAGCAUCAUGAAGGAAGACUCUCUCUGCGCCGUGGCAAGCUGGUUUGUAACAGGACUCUGUAUUCCCUGGCAAAGAGCAGAAAAAUACCACAGAAGAUCCAGUCAAUCAAUUUGACACCUCCAGCAAAUGGUUUCCUGCCAGGUUUUUUGGUCAAACCUGAAGUUAAUAAGAUUUUGAGAACCUUGAACCUUUCCCAUGAUGCAUGGUCUAGUCUUCCUGAUUUUGGUCUGGAUAACCUGCAAAAGAUAGUUAAGAAGAUGAAGCAAGAAAAGAGGAAGAAAGAAAAGAUGUGUUACAAUCCAUGGACAGAACAUGUGUUGUCAGAUAAGAGCAUAGCAGACAGCGUUGAAGCACUAAUAGGAGCUUACCUACUCGUUGGUGGCAGUGAAUCGGCCAUCAACUUUCUUCAUAUGUUGGGUAUUGGAGUUUAUAAUAACGAGUCUUUGCUGAAAUCACCCUUAGAGAUCAUCUCUCCACUGCUGAGCGAAGAGUCGUGGGCAAAGACUGAAAUAAGAAGAUUAUACUACACUGCAUGCCUUGAUCGACUAGAGGAGGCAAUUAACUACAGAUUUGAUGACCAAGCUUUUAUUGUGCAGGCUGUGACCCACAGCUCUUAUUCUCCAAACAAGGUAACUGAUUGCAACCAGAGACUUGAGUUUUUAGGGGAUGCAGUUUUGGACUACUUGGUAACAGGGCAAGUCUUUUCUCGUCAUGCUUCUUAUUCCCCCGGGAAGAUAUCCGACUUGAGAUCAUAUUAUGUCAAGAAUGAAACUCUGGCCAGAGUUGCUGUAGACAUGAAACUUCACAAACAUUUACUCUACCUGGCACCCAAACUAGAGGCUUCUAUUGACAAUUUUCUGAAAAUUUGUGAGCACUCCUAUGAGGAAGAUACUCUGAAUACUGAAGCAGACGAGGUGGAUGGGGAGGACGUUGAUGUACCUAAAGCUUUGGGUGACCUGGUUGAAGCCAUCAUUGGAGCCGUGUAUCUUGACAGUGGGAGAUCUCUCGAGAAAACCUGGAAGGUAGUAGAAUUGCUCAUCGGAGUCAGAGUGGAGGAAUCAUUCAUAAACAUCCCGGUGAACUGUGUGCGUGAGCUCUAUGAGAGAGCACCUGGAAAAGUAAAGUUUGAGAAAGUUCCUCGUCAUAAAAAUGAUGACGUUGCCAAGUAUAAUGUGCAGAUUUUGGGCUUGCCAAUUCUUUGUGGUCAAGGGAAGAAUUAUAGAACUGCAAGGAUAGCAGCAGCAAAACUGGGACUUCAAAGGUUACAAUCUCUUCAGGAUCAGUGAGCCUUGCUGCUUGUUACUCUUAAGUACCUUCCUGUUUUUGCCAUACUAGAUGAAACUGUAAACCAACAUAAGCAAUGUAAUGUUCUUUUUCUUGUUAAUUAUCAGUCAUGGAAGGAGAAUUUGUGUGCGUGCAUGUGUAAUUUCCUAAGCGUAGUUGCAAGAUGGAGAGCUACACGUGUGUUGUCCUGCUCGCUUACCUAUCAGUGACUCAAGAGAGUGGGAUCUUGCUCUUUAUGCUCUCCUCUUAGCCAUUUAUACCUGAUGCACUAAUUACCCCUCUCAUUAAUAAUAUUUUCAUCAUCUUUCAUUUUAAAGUUGUGGUUGGAAUUGGCUUCAGCAACCUCUUGAAUGUCUUGCACUUUCUUACCAUCUGUACACGUAACGAGAUCUUUCUUACUUUUCUUUGACUCAGUUGCAUAUCUAGUUUCCACCACUGUCCUCUUGCCUUAUUUCUUUUUAAUUAAAAUAGGUUUCCUUUAUCCAUUUUAUUCCUUUCAAGAACUUUCAUGAGACUCAAAAUUUGAGGAUUAGUUUUAAAAGGUGGCCAGUUGAUGCUGGCAUAAGACCCUAGGUGGUGUUGGAAUGUAAAUACUUGUGUACUGUUAUAUUGUGUUAUUGUGAAUGUAUAGAUUGACAUUUAGUUGUGUUUUAUACUGUCCUCAGCUGUGUUCUUUGCCAAUUCGGUAGCCUCAUUGAUGAAUGAUAAUAAUAAAUGAUAUUGUGAAAUAUAACUUAAAUGUAUAAAUGAUACAUAUUGAGAUACUGAGACAUAACUAGUCACCUAUGUACCUAUGCACUGUGCACCAAUACACCAAUGUACAAAGUCUCUCUGGAAACAAAGAUGAAUGUGUUUCAGCUUUUUAUCUUCACGUGCAAUUUAUUGUGCACAGUGCUAUAAUGUCUUCCUUUUAGCCAUAUUUAUGCAAGUCAUUAUCAUCCUCCUUUUUACAUCUCAGGUAUUUUACUUUUUUUCUUCACGUGUUUAUCUGAGCAUUCCUUCAGCUUGUUCAGAAAUGUUUAGUGAAUAUCCAAUAGUGAGUCAAUGCAUUUUUGAGUUUUGGGGGUUAUUUUAUUUUCAAUAUCUUUUUGUUUCAAAGUACAGUAUAUGUGUAUUCCUCCCAUUGUAAAUAAAAAUUAAGUACAGUCUAUUUUUUAUGAUAAAACAUUAUUGCAUUGAAAUCUUCCAUUAUUUUUGUGUAAAAAGAAGUCAGUGGUUUAUUUUUACUUAAGUGGAGUUUAUUUUGUAUACUUAAAUAAUGUAAAUAAUGUGAUGCUCCUUCAAAUAGAAAUGUCUUAUUUUA